CGUUCAUUCAGUGAGUAACAUUGAAGCUGAGUGCACGCAUCAAAUGAGUGCAGUGAUUUUACGAUAAAUGGACUAAGGAUAAUGAAAAAAAUGUUGGUCAAUAGAAUAUCGUUUUUUAUAAGUCUGCUGGUACUAAUAGCAAGCAGUGAUGGACUACGAGUAUUGGUGUUCUUUCCAAUGAUGUCAAAAAGUCACAGUAUUUUGGGACAAGGCGUCGUUAGUCGUUUACUAGAAGCUGGACAUGAGGUGGUUCACGUUACAUCGUAUCCUCGAAGUAAGCCAGAGCCAAGAUUAAAGGAAAUUGACGUCAGUGUUCUCGGAGAAAGGCUUCGUGACCAAAUGAAAAAGAGUGCUUCAGAUAAUCCAUUCGCCUUAAGAAACUUGGUCGGCAAAGGCAAUAUUGGGGAUUCAAUUUUAUUUUUAUACUUCACAUACGACCUUCAUCGACAAGUGCUUGAAGAAAAGAUUGUUGUGGAUUUACUGAGUGAUACCAACGAACAUUUCGAUGCUGUUAUUAUUGAAUGGUUCUUCAAUGAUGUUGCUGCUGGGAUUGCACCUCUCUUUGAAUGUCCACUAAUUUGGUUUGGAUCGACAGAAGCUCAUUGGCAAAUUUUACAAAUAGUGGACGAAAUUCCUAAUCCUGCUUAUAAUGUUGAUAUUUUUUCAAUUAACCGAUCUCCUCUUACAUUUUGGCAGAGGACUAUGGAAUUAUGGAUGAUCCUUAAAAAGUCACUCAUAAUGAACUUAGUUGUGGUUCCAUUCGAAAGGUUAUUAUACAAAAAUGUAUUUCCUCCGAUUGCAUCAAAGAGAGGCGUGGUAGUACCAUCAUACGAUGAAGCUAUUUACAAUGCAUCACUGUUAUUCCUCAACUCACAUCCAUCUAUUGGCACAUCAUUUAGAUUACCACAAAAUGCUAAAUAUGUUGCUGGUUACCAUAUAAACAAAAAAGUGGAUCCUUUACCAAAGGACCUACAAAAGUUAAUGGAUAGUGCAACACACGGCGUAAUUUACUUCAGCAUGGGAUCAAAUUUGCAAAGUGCUGAUAUGUCAGACGCAAUGAAGGACUCUUUGAUCAAAAUGUUUGGCCAACUCAAACAAACAAUCAUAUGGAAGUUCGAACAGGAUUUGCCAAAUGUUCCCUCGAAUGUUCAUCUCGUGAAAUGGGCACCUCAAGCGAGUAUUCUUUCACAUCCCAAUUUAAAAAUGUUCAUAACACACGGUGGACAACUGUCGACAACUGAAGCUAUUCACUUUGGUGUACCAGUCGUGGGUAUUCCUGUAAUGGCUGACCAACAUGUUAACAUGAGAUCUGUCGAAAUCAAAGGUUUUGGAAUUCUAGUCAAGCUCGCUGAAGACAUGGCUCCUAAAGUUAAAAUCGCUAUUGAAAAAGUACUACAAAACCCAUAUUACAAGCAAAGAGCUAAAGAGGUAUCACAGAUAUUCCAUGAUCGGAUUCUUCCUCCGGGUGAAGAAUUAGUCCAUUGGGUGGAAUACGUGGUCCGUACUCGCGGUGCUACGCAUCUCCGUUCGCCAGCACUCGGCGUUCCUUUGUAUCAAAAAUUAUAUCUGGAUUUCCUAAUUGUGCUGAUACCGUUAAUGUAUUUAUUAGUUAAGUGUAUUAAUGUUAUUAGAAGAAAGUAUUCUAGUUAUAAAUCAAAUAAAUUGAAAAAGAAUUAGUUUUAAAAUAAAUGAAAAGUAGUGUUUUCUUGUUGUUAUGUUACUUUUUCUAACCUCCUUACAGUAACCUUAUUUUUUAUAACUAUCCGUCUUAAAUACCAUUUAUUUAAUGCUCUUGUGGUUU